AUGGAUCAUUUUUGUUCUAGGCAGCAGUUUGAGGAAGAAGAUGAUACGAGUGGAGAGGAUCCAUUAACGCCAGAAGAUAUUGAACUUGUUCAGUCAUCUAUAAGCAAAAUCAAACAGUCAAUUGUGGCAAGAAUAGAGGACUUGGAGGCUCGUAUUGAAAGCCAUCAACAAAAGAUGGCCAGCAUAUUCAACAAUAGGGAUGAUUUAAAAGAUUACCCUUACUCUUUGCGAGCGUCAUUCCAUCAUGAUGGUUUAAGCGGAACAGGACACCAUUGGGCCUACAUUUGGGUAGAACCCGCUAAACCUGCGGAGGAGAAUUUAUUGCAGGAUAUACCCUUGGAUGCUAAAAGUGAGCAACGAAAUUGUGACGAACAUGCCAGGGGAGGGGGUUGGUUCAAGUUCUGUGAUGCAUCGGUUGAGCCUGUUACUGAAAAUGACAUUUAUGCUGAUCCUGUAUCACCUUUCGCUCUUCUGUACACGGCUGCAGAUAGCAAUGCCAAGACGUUACCGAGGUUCACGAAAGAACAACUUUACAACGAUUGGAUGCCCAACACACUCAAAGAGUUCAUUACUGCAGAUAAUGAGCUGUUUGAGAAAGAACUAUACAGUUAUAACAAUCCCUCAACAAUAAUGGAUGAAGUAGUUGUAGAGGAACCCAUAGGGCCAUCCGCCACGUCAUACACAUCGCCCUUCCAUAACAUUUCGAAAGCAGCCAAUCAAGUUCAAAUUGAAUCUAACCAUCAGAGCAAUAAUUCUUCGUAUUUAUUCUCAGGACAACCAUUUUUGAAACUACGCGAUCGUGUCAAUAAUGAGAUUGUUAGAGUUUCUACCUUUCCCAAAGAUGAUUAUCGUCUCCUUAAAAGUUUCGAGGUAUUUUUAGCUCGUACUCAACAUCAUCUAAAUUUGGAACAUUUGUAUUUGCUAUAUUCAAAAGAUAAGGCACCUAGCGAAAGAUACAAUAUGGUUGAUAACAACGUUGAUGAGGAUGAAAUCGAAGCUGACUAUAUUGUGGAUGAAAAAGCUGCUAAAGAAGAUAGUGAGUUGAAAUUAAUCUGGAAAGAAUAUGAAUCUUAUUCGGCUAUCGGCACUAUGAUUACUCAAGCUUUGAUAUAUUUCUCAAAGAAGGAUUUCGCCAAUGCUUUGCAGCAAUUUUUGGAUACGAAGAGAGUAGAAGCUUCAUGGAAAACACAAGUGAUGUUAGAUACCGAUUUGUCAACUGCUUACUCUGGAUUGGAAUCUAUUUCUUUCAAUGAUUUGGUAAAGAGAUUUGGGAAGGCUUGUCUACAGAUUUUAAAUAGACAAGCUUAUAUGAAGGCAAUCAAUCCGGAGCUUAGAACAAUAGGUCUACAAGAUGCCAUUAAAAUUGCUCAGCAAGCUCAAAUGAUAAUCGGUCCCGAUUACAUCCAAGAAGACCCACUCUACCAAACAUUUAAGGAAGUUUGGCUAUCUUUUACAGAGAAUCCGAAUGUUAUGGCGGAAGGAACGUUGACCUCUCAACAGGCAGAAUUAUUGAACAGUUUGUUCAUGAUAUACUUGGAAGGACAUGUUGGUGGUAUAGAUUAUUCUGCACGAAGUUCGGCUACAGUUAGCAGAUGUACUUCCCCUGUUUCUAGUGAGCAUACUGAUUUUGAUUCACAGACGGAUAAUGAGUUACCUAUAUGGCAAAGAUAUAAAGAAGCUUGUGAAGAGGCAAACCAGUUACUGUCUUCACUUUCCGAUUAAAAGAGAACGCUUUCAUUGCUAUAUUGAAUAAAGAAAUAAAUUACACAAAAUGAUUAUAAAAUCACUCUAAAUUAGAAGAGAACUAUUUUAUGAACAAUACUUUUUAUUGAAAUGAGUAAGCCGUUUAAAAUUCAAAAGAGCAUUAUUAUGUCUAUUGCUAUAGAUGCCAUUUACAGAAAAGAAGUACCUUUAUCACCCAUUUCAACAUGCCUUAAAGAAAAAGCUAAAAGCAUUAUCUGCUCUCAUUGAACCAUCGCCUUUGUCGCUUAGAUUUGGGCAUUUCAGAACAACUCAAAGAUUGGCUUCGGAAUUUCAAUCCCAUUGACAGCAACUUUGUAUGGGGUUGACUUUUUCCCUAAAAAUUGUCCCUUGCUCCACUAUCGUUUAGACAUCUUUUUAAAACUUGGAUCUGUAUAACGCACAAUGUCAUUACAAAGCCGAGCAUUUUCUACAAUAUCUAGAGUCAUCAAAGCACCUGCAACGGCAACACC